GCUCCGAUCCCUCCCCAGCUUUCCGUUUACAUGUACUCCUCCGAUCCAUCUGCAUCCACGCACAAGCUAGAUUUGAAGCCAAUUAAAGUAAAUUGAACCAUGAGGCUUCACCAUUUCCAUGUGGCUGCUUACUUGGAGAAAGCGGCCUCGACGUCGUCGUCUCCUCCAUCCAUCUCAUCCCCGUCUCUCAGCUCAUCUGCCGCCCUCCCCUUGGGCGCGCUCCAAUGCUUGCGCCCGCUUGCGCCCAAGAUCUCGUUCCCUGAGGCGAGGAAGAUGGUCGUCCUGCCCGAGUUCGCUCGCGUCAGAAAUGCUUCGAGGCUGCUCAACUGCACGGUGCCGGCGUCUGGCACGACGCGAUGGAACCCGUCGCCGGAUCAGAUAAAGGUGCUGGAGAUGCUGUACCGCGGCGGGAUGCGCACGCCCAACUCGUUCCAGAUCGAGCAGAUUACGGAGGAGCUCGGCAAGUACGGCCGGAUCGAGGGCAAGAACGUCUUCUACUGGUUCCAGAACCACAAGGCCCGCGAGCGGCAGAAGCAGAAGCGCGCCGCCCUCCUCACCCUCAGCACCACCACUUCAUCUCUACCUGAAGCUGAAACCAAAGUAACAAUCCAUGGCAGCCAUGCAUGCGAUGGAUUGGGGAAGAAGGAGGAAGCGUCGUCGUCUGAAGAUGCAUCGAUCCGCAAGCGGAGGUGCAGGGCCUGGGGUGACGUCCAUGGCGAUGUCACGACGACGGCGGGGGCGGGGGCGGAGGUAGUAGCCGACUGCGCCGACGAUGUGACCCUGGAGCUCUUCCCGUUGCGUCCUCAGGGGAAAGCUAAUUAACAGGCCUCCUUGCAAGAUGCAUGGUCUCCAGGAUUGGUGGUGUUCGUCGUGAAAACUUAGUCGAUCGUCGCAUCCACGUGUGCUUUGUAUUGUAAUAUGGACAUGCUUGGAUUGCUUAAACCUGCUUAUGCUUCCUUGUCA